AGAGCACAAGCUUUAAAGUAGGCGAAUCAUGUGUGCCUCAUUUAUUUUUAAAAGAAACUUCUGAGAAGAGCUCAGAACAAUUUUUUCCCCUGAGUGCCAUUUCCCAAAGGUACUCACAGCACAAUAAGGUGUGACCGUAAUGGCUGCACUGAGUUGUCUUCUGGACAGUGUGAGAAGGGACAUAAAGAAGGUGGACAGGGAGCUGCGGCAGCUGAGAUGCAUCGACGAGCUGGGCGCGCGCUGCCUGUGCGACCUGUACAUGCACCCCUACUGCUGCUGCGACCUGCACCCCUACCCGUACUGCCUGUGCUACUCGAAGCGGGCGCGCUCCUGCGGCCUGUGCGACCUCUACCCGUGCUGCCUGUGCGAUGUCAAGCUGUACUGCCUUCGGCCGUCUCUGAGAAGCCUGGAGAGGAAAGCCAUUCGAGCCAUAGAAGAUGAAAAGAGAGAGCUUGCCAAAUUGAGAAGAACAACAAAUAGAAUUCUGGCCUCCUCAUGCUGUAGCAGUAACAUUUUAGGAUCGGUGAACGUGUGUGGCUUUGAACCUGAUCAAGUCAAGGUUCGAGUGAAGGACGGAAAGGUGUGUGUGUCAGCCGAGCGCGAGAACAGAUACGACUGCCUGGGAUCAAAAAAGUACAGCUACAUGAACAUCUGCAAGGAGUUCAGCUUGCCCCCGUGUGUGGACGAGAAGGACGUGACCUACUCCUACGGGCUGGGCAGCUGCGUCAAGAUCGAGUCUCCCUGCUACCCUUGCACUUCCCCCUGCAACCCCUGCAACCCCUGCAGCCCCUGCAACCCCUGCAGCCCCUGUAGCCCCUGCAACCCGUGUGACCCCUGCAACCCAUGCUACCCCUGUGGGAGCCGGUUUUCCUGUAGGAAGAUGAUUUUGUAAAGUGUAGGAACCCAGGACUUAGGAGAAUUCAAUUAACCAGCCAGGCAGCUCUUCUAGUGUUUCUCUCCCCCUGCCCAUGGCCCGUGUUAUUCAAGAACGUAGGAAACUGAAUACAUAACUGCAAUCCA